AUGAGCCGACCUCGAUUUUUUGCAACGAACAAAAGAGGCGAAAACUAUGAGCUUAAAGCCGAGUUAAACAGCGAAUAUCGCCAUGUUAGAAAAGAUGCUGUGAAGAAAGUCAUUGCCAACAUGACCGUCGGCAAGGAUGUCAGUGGCCUUUUCCCGGAUGUGUUGAAGAACAUGCAGACAGAGGAUAUUGAGCUCAAGAAGCUCGUCUACUUGUACCUCAUGAACUACGCAAAAACACAACCCGAGCUAGUUAUUUUGGCCGUUAAUACGUUUGUCAAGGACUCGGACGAUCCAAACCCACUUAUUCGUGCACUUUCCAUUCGUACCAUGGGUUGUUUGCGUGUAGAUAAAAUUAUCGACUAUCUCACCGAACCAUUAAGAAAGUGUCUCAAGGAUGAAAACCCAUAUGUACGAAAGACAGCUGCUAUUUGUGUUGCAAAGCUGUAUGAACUUAACCCCGAGCUUACUCUCGAGCAAGAUUUUGUGAGCUCUGUUCAAGAAAUGGUUUCGGACAUCAACCCCAUGGUCGUCGCCAACGCAGUGAUUGCCCUUUCAGAUAUCAAUGAAGCUUCCCAAAACAGCGACGUGUUUGUUGUGAAUGGUACUAUUUUAAACAAGUUGUUGCACGCGUUGAAUGAGUGUACCGAAUGGGGUCAGAUCGCGAUACUCACGGCUUUGGCGGAUUACAAGCCUUCGGGCGUAAAGGAAGCAGAAGGAAUUUGUGAUCGUGUAUUGCCUCGAUUACAGCAUGCCAACGGUGCGGUUGUGUUGGCUGCCAUUAAGGUCCUCUUGCUGAAUAUGCGCCUUGUAAAGGAUGAGACUCUUAUUAAGGGCUUCUGCCGCAAAAUGGCACCUCCCCUUGUGACUCUCCUUUCGAGCCCACCCGAAGUACAAUAUAUUGCUCUGCGAAACAUCAGCUUGAUUUUGCAAAGACGACCCGAAGUUUUGUCGAACGAAAUGCGUGUGUUCUUCUGUCGCUACAACGAUCCACCUUACGUCAAGCUUGAAAAGCUUGAGAUUUUGAUUCGACUCUGUAACGACCGAAAUGUUGAUCAGCUUCUUAGCGAACUUAAAGAAUACGCCAAUGAAGUGGAUGUCGAUUUUGUUCGAAAAUCAGUUAACGCUAUCGGACGUUGUGCAAUCAAAAUUGAAGAGGCUGCUGAGCGUUGCAUUAACGUUCUUUUGGACCUGAUCAACACCGGCGUCAGUUAUGUCGUGCAAGAAGCUAUUGUCGUCAUUAAGGAUAUCUUCCGUAAAUACCCACGCACAUACGAAGGCAUUAUUCCAACUCUAUGCGAAAACUUGGAUGCCUUGGACGAACCAGAGGCAAAGGCUUCUUUGACCUGGAUUAUUGGCGAAUAUGCUGAACGAAUCGAAAAUGCCGACGAUUUGAUCAAUAUGUUUGUGGAGAACUUCAAGGAAGAAAACGCACAGGUCCAACUUCAAUUCUUGACAGCAACAGUUAAAUUAUUCUUGAAGAAACCUGCAGAAAAUCAAGAGCUUGUGCAACGUGUCCUUCAAACAGCUACAAACGAGUGCGACAAUGCAGAUAUCAGAGAUCGAGCUUAUGUUUACUGGCGAUUGCUUUCUACGGAUCCACAAGCAGCCAAGGCUGUCGUGCUUUCAGAGAAACCACCUAUUGCUGGAGAAAAUGCGGGCCUUUCUCCGGGUAUGCUAGACGAAUUGCUGUACCAAAUUGGCUCGCUUGCAUCUGUAUAUCACAAGCCUCCAGAAACAUUCAUUGCUGGCAAAAAAUACGGCGCAGACAGUGUCACCAAAGGCAUGGCAAGUCAUGCCGACGAAGAAGAUGUCACAGCACCUCCACCACAAAUCCAAGCUGCCAUUAAGAACAACGAUAUUGGCAACUUGUUGGAUUUGGACUGGGAUGAACCAAGUGCUUCGUCUCCUAUUGUGACCGAAGCUCCACACAACCCAAUGAGCGAACUUUUAUCUCUUGGGGGAUCUAGCGCUGGCGGUAGCAACAACAACAACGACAAUAAUACAAGUAGUAAUAAUGCACCAAAGUCCAAUGUAGAUGACAUCCUUUCACUCUUCAACGCUCCUUCCCAACAACAACAACCAGCAGCUCCACAACAACAAAAUGCUCUAAUGAUGACAGGUGAUCUCUUUGGCUCCUCUUCUCCCGCUCCUACCUUACCGCCACAACAACAACAAUCACCACUGUCAUCCACUUUAUCACCCUCCCCUCCAGCACAGCAGCAACAGCAACAACCAGCUAAGCAGGAUCCUUUUGCCGAUCUUCUUUAA